AUGUAACCCGGAUGCUUUAAGUGUCCCAACAAUUUCAGGAAAUGUUUGCAGUUUUCUAAUCAAAAUCAGUAUGGCUCUAAUAAUGAUUUUGAUUUAUGUGUUUCAAAUGUAUAUUGGAUGUUUGUGUCAUAACGUUCCAAGACCUAACAUCGUGAUGGUGAUGGCUGAUGCGUUUGAGGGAAGGUUAACAUUUGAUCCUGGCAGCAAAGUUGUGGACUUACCAUUCAUAAACUACGUCAGAGAGCUGGGGAGCACCUUCAUAAAUGCUUAUACCAACUCACCCAUAUGCUGUCCAUCCAGAGCAACCAUGUGGAGUGGACAAUUUGUUCACCUAACCCAGGCGUGGAACAAUUACAAGUGUCUUGAUGCAAAUGCGACCACGUGGAUGGAUUUGCUGGAAAAGAAUGGAUAUCUUACCAAGAUGGUGGGCAAGCUUGACUACACCUCAGGGCAACACUCUCCCAGUAAUCGUGUCGAAGCCUGGACCCGUGAUGUCCACUUCCUGCUGCGCCAAGAAGGCCGACCUGUCACACAAUUCGUUGGGAACGCGUCAACAGUGAGGGUGAACACUAUUGACUGGAAAAACACUGACUUGACCACACAGUGGAUCCGCCAGUGGGCUGCGUCCUCACAUCGGCCCUUUGCCCUUUACCUCGGCCUCAAUUUACCUCACACCUAUAAGACUGACUCCUUAGGACCCACUGCCGGAGGAUCCACAUUCCGCUCAUCUCCCUAUUGGCUGAAAAAGGUUCAUUCCGAUCUCAUCUCAGUUCCCACAUGGCUGCCAUUGUCUGCCAUGCACCCUGUGGACUACUACUCCACCUUCACCAAAAACUGCAGCGGGGUGUUCACAAAGGAGGAAGUUAGAAGAAUCCGAGCCUUCUACUAUGCCAUGUGUGCUGAAGCAGAUGCCAUGCUGGGACAGGUGAUUUCAGCACUGAGAGACACAGGCUUGCUCAACAACACUGUAGUGAUCUUCACAGCUGACCACGGAGAGCUGGCCAUGGAGCACCGGCAGUUCUACAAGAUGUCCAUGUUUGAGGGAAGCGCCCAUGUUCCUUUGCUUGUCAUGGGGCCAGGGCUGGUGUCGGGCCAACAGGUCAACCAGCUUGUGUCUUUGGUUGAUGUCUAUCCUACUGUACUGGAUAUUGCAGGUAUUUCAGGAGAAGGCAAUCUCAGUGGCUACACGCUGCUUCCUUUUCUAUCGAAGUACCACACGUUUUCCAAGAGGCAACAUCCAGACUGGGUUCUGAGCGAAUACCAUGGCUGCAAUGUCAACGCUUCUACAUACAUGUUAAGAAGUGGUCGUUGGAAAUACAUCGCCUAUGCAGAUGGACUAACUGUGCCUCCUCAGCUUUUUGACCUAACACAAGACAAGGAAGAACUUCAUAACAUGGCCUUCAAAUUCCCUAAUGUGCAAGCACAAUUAGAUAAGCGGUUACGCAGCAUUGUAGAUUACCCAAAGGUUUCUGAAACUGUCCAUCUCUACAACAAAGAAGCAUUUAGUUCCUGGCAACGCAGUGUAGGAAGUAACUAUAGCCGGGACAUUGCUAAUCUCAGGUGGCAUGUCGAUUGGCAGAAAGAUGCUUUAACCAAUGAAAGACAUAUUGACAAGUGGCUGCAUGACUCCUUGUGAUGUAUAUGCAAUAUAGGGUUUUCAAAGUGUCACAUUGAGCUUUCCUCUCAGAAUAUAAUACCUGAUAAACUGAUUUUCCUGAGCAUAUUUUGUACAGUUUUCCGUUCACAGAGUCAGUGUUUGAAGUGAAAUCAAUUAAUUUUAUCUUUGGACAUGUCUACACUUUGAAAAUAUGUUUUUCUUAAUUUUUUUAAAGCCGAGGGAGACCCACCGCACACUUUGAAAAUCCCUGCAAUACUUUAUUACCCUAUGUAUUUCUUGUGGUUAAAAUUUCACUUUUGACUUUUAUCCUUGAACAUUUUUAGCCAUCUUCAGUCAUAUGGCUUUUUGUAUUAUUAUGUUUAUUUUCUGCCAUUAUUAACAUAAGCAAAUAUUUUUAUACACAGUUUAAUUAUUUUAAAUGCUGUAAUUUUUCUAAUGAUGAAUAAUAUAUUUAUUAAUAAAACAUUUGUA